AUGUGUAGCUUAGAGAAGAACGGAAACAUCUUCAUCCUAACCCUAACCGGCGACGGCGAGCACCGUCUUAACCCGACGCUCCUCAACUCCAUCAAAUCCGCCCUCCACCGCGUCCGUCAACAAGCCACCACUUCCUCCGCUCUCAUCACAACCGCUCAUGGUAAAUUCUUCUCCAACGGCUAUGACAUUGACUGGGCACAGUCCUUCGCAGAUCGCUUAGUUCUAAUCGAUGAUUUACUCCGCUCCGUAGUCUCCGAUCUUCUCUCUCUCCCUAUGCCAACCAUCGCCGCCGUCACAGGUCACGCCUCUGCCGCAGGUUACAUCCUCGCACUCGCUCACGACUACGUUUUGAUGCGGUCCGAUCGAGGAUUCCUCUACAUGAGCGAGAUUGAUAUCAAUCGUGUUAUUCCGGCUUGGUUUGUUGCUACUGUUGAUGCUAAGGUUGGUGACGCUGCGGCUCGCCGGAGAAUCGUGAUGCAGGCGGGUAAGGUUACGGCUAAGGAGGCGGUGAGGUUGGGGAUUGUUGACUCGGCGCAUGAUAGCGCAGAGGAGACGGUUAAGGCUGCGGUUGGUUUGGGAGGUGAUUUGGUGAAACGUGGAUGGGAUGGACACGUGUAUGCUGCUAAUAGGAAGAGGUUUUUGGGUAAUGUGAUUCGAGCGGUUGAAGAUAAAAGUGAGAGGAAGGUUGAAUCGAAACUUUAG